CACACACACACACACAGGCACGGAGAGGAGCCGGAGCUGCGUGUUUGCCGUGUGUGAAGCGCCGUGGCUCCGCCUCGGAUGUGUUAAAACUCAGGGGACGAUUUUGAAACUUAUAAGUUGCUACGAUGUUAGGAACUCAGAUAGAGACUAAGCAUAUGGUGGGCAACGAGGCAAGUUUACCAUCUCUCACACAAUCUCAUACAGCGAGGAUUUCUGGACUCAUCUGUCGCUGAGACUGGUAUCCGGAAAUAUACCUUGUUGUAUGACAGCUUAUAACAUCUAGAGAUAUUUUAUUUAAAGUCAGCGGAGUUGAACUCACAGGAAACUUCAGAAUAAGGUCCAGGCUGCCACUGUUGUGGACGAUGUCUAAUUUGACGCUCCUUUUGGGCCUGCUAAACUUUGCUCUGUGCCACGGCUUGGAAUUUCGGUAUCACAACUCCACUGAAGUGGAAGAGUAUCUGAAAGCAGUCCACAGAAAUUAUUCUUCAUUAACACACCUACACAGCAUUGGAAAAUCAGUGGAAGGAAGAGACCUCUGGGUUCUCGUCCUGGGUAAAUCUCCCACGGAGCACACGAUUGGGAUCCCGGAGUUCAAAUAUGUUGGGAACAUGCAUGGCAAUGAGGUGGUGGGGCGUGUGAUGCUGCUCCAGCUGAUCGAUCACCUGACCCAGGGCUACCUGAGCGACCCCCAGGUCACGAGGCUCCUCAACAGCACCCGCGUGCACAUCCUGGUUUCCAUGAACCCCGACGGCUUCGAGGCCUCUACUCGCAACUGCGUAUACUCAGAGGGCCGGUACAAUAAGCAUGGAGUGGAUCUGAACCGGAACUUCCCAGAUGCCUUCCAGAGCAACAUGGACAUGGCGCGUGAGGUGGAGGUGCAGGCGGUGAUGGACUGGCUACAGACGGAGCCCUUCGUCCUCUCCGCCAACCUGCAUGGGGGUGCUGUGGUGGCCAGCUAUCCAUACGACAACAGCAAUGGAGGAAAUGAGCUGCAAUGGGGCUCUAGUGUCUCCCCUGACGAUGACGUCUUCAUCCACCUGGCCAAGACCUACUCAUUCACGCACAAGAGCAUGCAUAACGGUAACAGCUGUUACGACUCCAAGGACUUCAAGGAUGGCAUCACCAAUGGCUAUAACUGGUAUCCUCUUAAAGGAGGGAUGCAGGAUUACAAUUACAUUUGGGACCAGUGUUUGGAGAUCACGCUGGAGCUGUCCUGCUGCAAGUACCCCCCCGAGACUGACCUACCGGGACUCUGGGAGGACAACAAGCAGGCUCUGCUGGCCUACAUGGAGCUGGUCCACCUCGGUGUGAAGGGCCAGGUGCUGGAUUCCAGGGGAACUCCGGUGGAGAAUGCCAUUGUGGAGGUGCAAGGCAGGAACAACCUGUGCCCCUUCAAGACUGACCGCAACGGGGAAUUCUACAGGCUACUUCUUCCCGGCAACUACACCUUCAAGGUGACGGUUCCAGGUGAGGAGCCACUUACCGAGACCAUGUCCAUCCCGUACGGACCGGACAGGUACUCCGCCCUCACACACAACUUCAUAACCCCUUGGCGCAGUGGCAGCCCGCCAACCACGCAGCCGACGGAGACCUGCGGCCCGAUUCUGCGCAACACGGGCCUCAGCAACAGGGGCGCCUUCUUCGACAGACCCCUCGCACUCCUGCUGGCACUGCUGCUCUGCAUAUUGCUUCUGUGAGAAGCACCAUCAUACUGCUGACUUGGUCACAUGACACGAUCACGUGACACUUGAGCUUUUAUAAUGGACUAUUUUAAUCAUUUUUCUUUUCCAUAGUAAAGGUGCUUUUUUAGUUUUAAAAAAUGUCUAUAGACAUUUUUGUCAUGCAGUGGUAGUGGAACGGAAGUUUGGAAGGAGCAGCAAUGAAGAAAAUUUCUAUAAGAUCGCCAGUGGCUGACUUUACCAGUGCAUUUAACAGGGACACCCCUCCUUUUUAGUGCAUUUUUUACAUCCAGGAAUAACACUUCUAGUACCAGAAAGAAAAUAGAUCUUCGUGAGAGCCGGGGUCAUUGAACCUUGCGAUGUGAAUCUCAGCAUCUCACGCUGCCCAUCUGCAGGCCCCCUGGUGUCUGACUGAGCACAUGCCUGUGCAGAAGUGCUACAGCAAUAACAAUAUCAUGACAGUGUGCUGACAGAGGAACCAAACAGGGCCAUCCUGGGCUAGCGCAAGGUAACUCAACUUUGGGCAACUAAGAUCCCACAAACAUAAAAGGAAGCGCAAGGUAACUCAACUAUGGGCAACUAAGAUCCUGCAAACAUAAAAGGAAGCACAAGGUAACAACUUUGGGCAACUAAGAUCCCACAAACAUAAAAGGAAGAGCAAGGUAACUCAACUUUGGGCAACUAAGAUCCCACAAACAUAAAAGGAAGAGCAAGGUAACUCAACUUUGGGCAACUAAGAUCCCAAAAACAUAAAAGGACGAGCAAGGUAACUCAACUAUGGGCAACUAAGAUCCCACAAACAUAAAAGGAAGCACAAGGUAACAACUUUGGGCAACUAAGAUCCCACAAACAUAAAAGGAAGCACAAGGUAACAACUUUGGGCAACUAAGAUCCCACAAACAUAAAAGGAAGUAUUUAUUUGAAGGAUUAUUCUACUUGAAGCACAAUUAUUCACAGCAGAACAGAUUAUGGUGAAGAAAGCUAAGGCAAAAAAAGAAACAAUUACAAUUAUUAGAAUACAGCUUUACUUUUUUAUUACAUUAUUCUAUAUUCCUUACUGAUUCCUCUAAUAUAGGCCUACUUUAAAUUUUCAUUUUCUAAUUUUCUUAUUGAUAUAUGGUUUGCUGUAAAAUCCUUUUCAGUAAUAAUAAUGUAAAAAUCCUUUUUAUUUAUAAAAUUUACUUUUACCUACACCUAUCUUUAAAUUAUUAAUUUGGUAUAUAUGCUAUUUACCGUUAGCUUUGUUUUGUAAAUAUAUUCAAGUAUACAUAUUUUUAAUUUAAUAAUCUCAGAAAAUAUUUCAUAUCUGAAUCACCAACAGUGCAUGCUUCCAUUAUGUGUAAUUCUAUAUGAUUUAGAUUUUUUUUGUAGCUAAAUAAGGUUAAGUCAUUUGAUGUGUACUCUGCAUACUCACGCAAUUGUGUCAUUAUAAUUACCACAUGAGGCAUCCUUUAUAUAUUUUAGCAUAAUUUAACUUUUAACACUGAUGACUAUACUAUAAUAUUAGUGUAUUAGUAUAGUUAUUAGUUAGUUAUUAGUGAGGCGACAUGGCAGGUUUUCUCGCUGCGUCAUAGUGUGGAACGAGGAUAUUGGCAAACAAUCUCUGAUCAGCGAGUAACUUCUGAGAAGCUACAAUGUUAGGGGAAGCACUUCCCAGCGUGAGUAUAUGACACCCAGGGUGUCAGCAGCAAAUAUCUCUACAAAGUCUCAAAAUGCUUUUGAAAGCACCUGUGGGGAAUCUGUGCCCCUGACAAAAAACACAGAAAAGAAGAGAUUUAAAAGACAACUGGAGAUAAUCAUUUUUAUUUUGCCUGUCAGUCUCCUCGUGUCCCUUGGAGAUCAGCGUAUCUCUCACUGUGGAUUGCAGGGAUUGCAGGAACACAGUAUAAGGCUUCCUGCUCCCGCCUUAUACCAGCACUGCCCUUCAUUGCUGCAUUUUUGCAGAAUCACUGGGAUCGCGAUGUUUAAGGAACAGACCAUUAUCCUUAUCAUUCACUAGUUUAGCCUGGCAAUUGACUUCUGUAGGUACUGUUUCUAUGUUCUCCAGGCAAGAUUGAGCUUUUUUCUUGCAAAUCCUUCCUCUCAAAUUAUUUCUGUGCGAAAAUGAGACACAUUGGCAUUUUUAUUCAGGAAAUGAUGAAUUUAUACUGUUUGUGUAAGUUAUAAUACAGCAACCAUUGCCAUGCCAAAUGCACUUUCAGAUUGUAGUACAGAACAUGAGCAAUAUCCUGGUAAAAACUUGAUAUUUCACACAUAAUUUCUUUCUGACCUCCAGUACAGACUGAGAGGGCACCUCCGGAACACAGGGGGUAUUCUAUAAUCCACACUCAGUUUUUUUUAAAGGAAACUUAACUCAGCUUUUCAGUAGGCCAAACCUCAGCCAUUCUACCUCACCUCACAAACUAUUUGUUGCUGUUCCAAUGGAAAGCAUGCUGUGCCUUUAAGAAUAAAUCGUUUUCACCAUAAA